AAAGAGCAAGUUGUUCUUGCACAAUCGGCAUUCAGCAGUAUUUGCCGCCAAAACUCCGAAAGGUAAGUAGCAAUCGACGGCACCCAUCGCUUACCUGGCCGAUGUGUCUGCUAGCACAAGUGCCCGAAAUGUCGUUUGACCGGUUCUCCCACUCGCACUCGUAGGUUGUUAUCUCUCGCAAAUUCCCUCCCACUAGCGGAUUGGUUCGGCUAACACACGGACAAUUUAACUUUAUGAAACGGUUACAGUUUUUUGCCUACAAAGUGUAGUGUAAUAUAAUUGUGUUUCUGUGAUGUGACGUGUGUGAAGAGUAGGGAAACGAAACGGUACCUAAUAUUCAACAAAUUAAACACGUCAGCUGUAUUUAUUUAAAAAAAUCGGUAUUGUUGAGUGCAAAUCUUUAUAAUAACAGUGACCAUGAUGUUCGCCGUUUUAAAUCCUGUUAUCAUAUCGAUAGUGUGUUACAAGACAUUAGUUUAUUUAAGCGGUAAUUUAAACACAUGUUUAAUUGAAAAACAAUGAACCGUACUCUAUUUAAAGAAAUGGAAUCAUUACCAAAACAAUUUGUUUCUGCGAUGCGAACACUUUUUGAUAUAAUGGACGAUAAACACACAGGAUAUGUAAAGCUCACAGAUAUAGAAAACCGAUGGCGCGAUGAUCGUACUAAAGGUUUGCCGCGAGGUGUGAUAGAAAGUCUACAAAAAGUUGCAUCACAUGAAGGUUUAUUAAGUUUUGAAAGAUUUUGUACGGGCUUAAAAAUUUGUCUACUAAGAAACCAAGUGGAAAAUGCAUCUAAUAAGGCUGAGAGACUUGACGACGGAAUAGAAAAUACAGUAUUAACUUCACAUAUAAGUCCACCUUCUCACAGGCCGCCUUCUGCACCAUUGCUAGAUGUUGAUGAUGCACCGUGCAUAGAUCGAAAUUGGAAUGUUUUAAAAAAACCUGAAAAUGCCACACAGCAGCAUAGGACAGUUAGCAUGCCACAAUUAUCUGGACGAAAGGAUACAUUAAUACAAGAAUCAAGACACCAUAACGCAGCGCCUAGCCAUGAAGCUUCUAAUAGAGUAUUUGGGCCUCCGAAACCACCCAGACUGGAAAAACAAACAUCGGAAAGAAAAGAAACUGUACGAACCAAUUACAAAUCGGAAGAGGAAACUCCGUUUGAGAAUGUAGAAAUUGAAGAGGUCAAAAUUGAUUUUGACAAUAUAUCAAGAGCAAUCGAAGAGCAAAGUAGAGGGCUCGGGGAUGGAAGAUCCGCAAAUGAAACCCAAACACAACUACGGCGUACUUCACGACGUCGCGAGCCUCGACGUCAUACCCUCCAUAACGGAGUGGAUUAUAAUCUUUUGAAAAGGAUGAAGCAAAUAGAACAAGAAAAAGAAAUUUUAUUGCAAGGUUUAUCUGCAAUAGAAGAAGCACGCGAGUGGUAUUUAAAACAACUGACAGAAGUCCAAGAAAAGAUGCGUUACGCCGGAAGAAUGGGCGCAUAUGUGGAGCCGUGGAGCGAAGCACAUCAAGAAAGAUUGGAGCUGUUGAAAGCACGAGUUUUAGAGCUUAACCGGCAACUUGGAGCUUUGGCAGCGGGCUGGCGACACGGUCCUCUGUCACUGCACAUGAAUCUAGCGUUACCUGCAUCAUCGUUAUCUGGAACAGCAACUACACCAAAUAACACUGCAGUUCUUAGAUCACAGAAUCGUAUGCUAGCUGAGGAGGUGAAUCGAAAGAAUGAAAGAAUAUCUGUCCUGGAAAGAGAAAAAUCAGCACUCAUCCGCGAAUUAUUACUUCAACGAAACAGAAGUAAAUUAAUGGACAACUACACAUAAAACUUAAUAUCAAACAAGUUUAGUAAAAAGAAAAAGAAUAAUUACUUAAAUAGGGAAGAGAUAGAUGGUGGAGGUUUAUUGAAAAUGCAGAAUAGGCAUAUGUUAUAAACAUAAAAAUAAUUUGAUAUACUUAAUAAUUAUGCAUAAUAUACCUACAACAAAGCAUAUAAGUGAAUAUAUAAAAUUUAUAUGUGUUAAUGUCUGUACACAUGGUUGAAUGAAAUCAAAUUACGACUAUAA